GCCAGUCAUUCUAGGCUGAGAGAGGGAGGAGUGCCCCCUCCGGCUCGGACCUCUCAUACUUCUGGGGAAAAGUGGGGCGCGGUAGUGGGGGAAGGGAAGAAGAUGUUACCCCCCCGAGGCGUCCCUGACUCGCCUAACCCCGAAAAGCGGACAUGGCUCCUGGCGCCAUCGGGUCCGCCAACCCCCUAAUGGGGGAAGUGGGAGAAGAAAGGGGAGGGGUCGCCCCGCCCCCUGUUGCUGAGGGGGAAGCGGGUUCCCGGCUCUCGGAGAUGGGAAUAGUAAUGAGAGAGACAGGAGCAUUGGAGUGGCUGCCCGGAGCACAGCACCGUGCGCUAGCUACUCAGUAGUAUUACCCCUCAGGGAGUGAGGACCCCUCGAGGUAACUUCUGUGCAUCUGCAACAAAACGGUGGGCCCCGUCCCAAAGUCCUUAAUAUCUACAUACCGAGAUCCAAAAGCUGGGUGCAACGAGGAGGUUGGAGAAACACAUGGUAACAGUUAAAGGAUAACGUGACAUUAUUGGCCCACUGGGAGGAUUUGAGGACUGGCACUGGCCCUAAGGAAACCAUUUCAGACGUGUCAUUCCUACACAGUGUAUAUAAACUGAUGAAGAGAUGGUUUUUACAGGAGGCUUGAGAUCUCUUCUUCCCCUUGCAGUCAGAAGUCUAAUUCGAUUCAACAAACUCAAUAUAAGUAAUACUUCUGGAAUGGCUGAGGGCUAUAAACAGGCAAAUGUUGUGAUUUUGCACAAAUCCCUUGCUGAUGACUUUGAAAAGUUUUGCCAUGCAAAUGAUGGACCUCUCCCGCUGCUGUACAGAAGUAAACCAGGUGAAUGGAAAUGUCCUUCUCUGAGCAGCAAUUCUAAUAUCAAAACUGAUUGCCUGCAAUACAGGAUAUAUGAGUAUGGAGCUUGUACUGGCACUUUGACAAGUCUAAAGGAUUAUUUUGAUCAGCUUAAAGACAUGGUGACUUUUUACUUAGGCUGCAGCGACUCAUUUGAAAAGGCAGCCCACAAGGUUGGUGUUCCUCUAAGGAACGUUGAGCAGAAAUGCAACGUAAGCAUGUACAAGACAGAUAUGCCUUGCUGCAGAGUUGCUAGUUUUUGCUGCAAUUUAGUGGUCACAAUGAGACCGAUUCCUGAAGACAAGUUAGAAGCAGUUGUGGAAGCUACUUAUCCAUUGAAAGACUCACAUGGAGCACCAGUUCACAUUGGUAACCCUGGCCUAUUAGGAAUCCAAAACCUUUCCAGCCCAGACUAUGGAGAUCCAGUUCAGCCUCACCCUCAGGAUGUUCCAGUGUUUUGGGCCUGCGGAGUAACAGGGGUGGAAGCAGUCAGCAACUGCAAGUCUCCACUGGCUUUUACACAUUCUCCUGGGUGCAUGUUUAUUACUGACCUGAAGAAUGAAGAUGCUCCAGUUCAUAACUCUAAAGAAAUCCCCAAGGUCCACUGCAUUUCUCAAAAUCCUUUGCAUUAUAGCAUUGCAUCAGAAACAGCUGUGCAAAAGAUAAGAGAGCUAGAAAGCCUAAUUGGAGUAGAUCCAGGAGACCGGGGCGUGAAACAUUUGUGCUGCCAGGAUGAGCUGCUGAAGACUUGCCUCUCCCUUUCACAUGCCCGAUCAGUGCUGAUAACCACUGGAUUUCCUACUCACUUCAACCAUGAGCCACCUGAAGAGAAUGAUGGACCUCCAGGAGCCAUUGCUAUGGCAGCCAUGUUGCAGAGCUUGGAGAAAGAUGUUGUUAUAGUAACAGACCAGAGAGCCAUGGGUUUGAAUAAAAAGAUUAUUGAGGAUGCUGUUCAGCAAGGGGUACUGAAGACACCAGUGCCUCUAUUGAGUUAUCAGGGAGAUGCUGCAGAGUCAGCUUUGAUGUUUUUGUGUGAGAAUGGGAAUCUUGAAAGACCCAGAUUUGAUCACCUGAUAGCAAUAGAACGUGCAGGGAUGUCUGCUGAUGGCAAUUAUUACAAUGCAAGGAAAGUCAAUAUUAAGCAUCUAAUGGAUCCCAUAGAUGAACUGUUUGUAGCUGCACAUAACAUCCCUGGAGUCACAACAACAGGCAUUGGGGAUGGAGGAAAUGAACUUGGAAUGGGAAAAGUAAAAGAAGCUGUAAGGAAGCACAUAAAAAAUGGAGAUGUUAUAGCUUGUGACGUUGAAGCUGAUUUCGCUAUUGUAGCCGGGGUCUCUAACUGGGGAGGCUAUGCUGUUGCUUGUGCUCUGUAUAUCCUCAACACCUGUGAAAUACACGAUCGCUAUCUGAGGAAAGCUAUUGGGUUCCCCAGAUUGUCCAAGAAGGCAAACUGGGCAUCAGCACUUCCAUCCAUUACUAAGGAAGAAAAGUUACUGAAGACACUUAUACAGCAUGGAGUCCGUAGUGGAAUAACUGCCAGUCUCAAAAUGGAAGUGGAUGGACUGCCCUUCUACAAUAUACACUCAGUUAUGAUUGAAAAACUUCUGGACCAGAUACCGUGAUGCCUUUUCCCUAACCAUUUCUAAACUCUAAAGUUUCUAUUAGAGUAUCUCUCCACCCCCAAUCUAACAACAAGGUAUGGAAGACCAGAAAAGGCUUGAAAGUACUUAUAUGGCCUCCAUCACUAGUGUCUGAGCACCUCACAAUCAUUAAUGAUUAUCCUUCUAACUUUGCUGUGAAAUAGGGAGGUUUCAUUAGCCCCAUUUGGCAGAUUAAGACAUGAGAGAUGGAGAGAUUAAAUUAUUUAAUCAAGAGUCUGACACAGACCUGAAUGCAGCUCUCAAGAGUCCCAGGCUCCUGCCUUCACCACAAGCCCAUCUUUCCUGUUUGAUAAGCAUAAAACUCUUAGUUAUAAUGACUCACUCAGACAAUCUAUGGCCUUAUAUAGUAAAAGGUGACCCGUGUUUCAUGAAAAAAUCAAGUGUCUCUUUCCAUUAAAUGCAGAAGUGUUG